AUGAGCUCGAAGUUCGCAAAUCGGAGAAAACCGCGCAAGGUUGGCGGUGAUGACGAAGAAGAUGGAGGCGACGAAGGUCCGUACGAGCUAUCACCAGUUAUGCGAUUCCGUGGUAUGAUUCUGACAUAUGCAGAUAUUGGACCGGUUGUGAAACGCCCCCCUCCCAAGUCGAAGCAAAAGUCAAAGUUGCUAUCGUUCGGUCAAGGCGAGACAUCGAUGGCUGAAGAUGGGCAGGAGAGCGAGGUGGUCAUGCCCAAGCGACGCGGACUAGGAGGACGCGCAUUACUAGAGAAAAGCGCCAUGCAGCGAUCUUUGACGCCGUCGGGGAAUCGCCUCCCACUCCGAACUGGUCCAGAUCAGGACAGACCAAGUUAUAAUAAGGAUUAUUUGAAAGAGCUCCGCGAUUCGACACCGUCCACACCGAAGACCUUUACCGAUGACGACAAAGAAAUGACCGACAGAGAAGGACCAGAGGCGACAAAAACGGUCGAUGUCGCUGCCAAAUUUGGCGAAGUUAUGACCGUAUCCGCGCCGUCUGUCAUCCCCAGCGAGGCGGAAAUAAGAGAGAAAAAGGAACGGCGAGCGCGUCUAGCGAAGGAGCAAAAAUACACGUCAACCGAAGAGGACUUUAUCUCCCUAGUGGAUAACGAUUUGUCAGAUGCCGAGCAAGGUGCGAAAGAUACUAGGCUGAUCCGGGACGAUGAAGAUUUCGCGGAAGGUUUCGACGAAUUUGUGGAGGACGGGCGUAUAUCGCUUGGACGGAAAGCGGAGCGCGAACAGCUUCGGAAACGGCGAGACGAAAUGCGGGAACUCAUCGAAGACGCAGAGGGACUGUCGGACUCGGAGGAUUCGGAUCUGGAGGAAAAGGCUGCAUAUGAAGCUGCGCAGGCGCGAGCCGCGAUGGGCAAUUCUGGCAGAGAUGCAGAUCGACCCAAGACGCCUCCGAAGAUGACCUCUCUGCCCCGUCUCUCGAACUGCUUAGAUAGGCUACGUACCACGCUAGCAGUCAUGGAGCAGUCGAAGUCACAAAUCAUCAACAGGAUGGAGGAGCUGCGGAAGGAGAAGGCCGAUAUCGCCGUUCGUGAGGUUGAGAUCCAGGCUCUGAUUAAGGAAGCCGGUGAUAACUAUGAGAGGCUGAAACAAGAAGCUGGAGCUGCGCCUGAUGCUGAAGCUGAAGCAAACGCAAAUUCACGCGGUUUGGAGAAUAUCGGCAACUCGAUGGAGGUGACCACGGACAAUGCUGGAGGCCCUCGUCUCUACCGGCAUACGGAUGCGACUCCUAUCGAAUUGUUUUUCGAUCUCUUUUUCGUAGCGAGUCUGUCCGUCUUCACGGCUACGCAUGAGAUCUACAACGUCCAAGCUUUAAUGGCAUACAUUGGCUUUCUGGGAAUGAUAUGGUUUACCUGGCUGCAAAUAACUCUGUACGAUAUCAGGUUCGCGCGAGACUCGAUUUUCGAGCGAAUUUGCAAGGCCAUUCAGCUAGCCGCCAUGGUUGGGUUCGCAUCUGCAGGCACGCGGUUCACUCCUCACAUACAGAACGAGAAUGUUUGGGCCUUUCAGUUUUUGAGUAUCUUUCUGGGAGGGAGUAGGGUUUUACUGGGCGUACAGUAUACUGUCAGCACUGUCCUUAUGUUCUUUGUUUUCACCAAUCCUGUCCAGGUCCGUCCAUACAUAUGGACCGUUUGGUUUGUCUUGUUCGGACUCGAGAUGUGGAUUAUCAUGGGGAUAUCCUGUUUUACUCCCGAGAUCGGCCUUCAAAACACUCACUUGAACGUCAGAAUGGGCCUUCUCACGCUGAUCAUAAUAGGGGAGGGCGUAAUCUCCGUCACUAGGAUUGUCAAUAAGACAGCCUAUUUUGACCUGACUCCCAGGGGUGCUCUUGGACAAUACUCCCAACAAAUCUGGGCCCAGCUGCAUUUCCCGUUCCACGCGGCCCUGAUUCUCCUCCUGGAGGGAUCUCAGAUCUUGGCUCUAACUUUGGACAUGACACUAAAACUCGGGGAUCUGACCGAGAUGAUUGUGUUUGCGUGCAAGAACCCGCGGCCCGCCCCAGAAAGAGCCAUUGAUCUUCUUCGAUGGACCAUAAGCGACAUGGAGAUCGAUUAUAGCCACGGAGCCAUCAUACAGCAGAUGGCUAUAGACGAAAUUUUGAAUGAUCUGCCCUUCGGCCCAUUAUGCCCAGACGAUGGCUCAGACGAGUACCCAGUUACGCGAAACCGUCUUAGCUCCCUGCUAGGAAAUGUCACCGCCGCGCUGUUUACCAGCAUGGGGCUCGUCCCAACGGAGGAUACCAACAUCGAAGAGAUGAGCAGCUCCCAGCUGCUAAGGAUGUACGUAGGACUUCUCGGGUUCGUCUACGAAUAUUUCUUUAUCAUCGCAUCCAUAGUCAUGUUUCUGUUUGCUACUUUCGCGUUGCUGGGCCAUCGUCAUAGCAACCGCACUGCUCUCGCCAUCGCAAUAUCAGUUCGCCUUGUUCUUGGAAUGGCCUCCGCAGGCUUUGUUCUGUUCAUCCAAGACUUUGGUCUUGCGUAUUCAUUCAUGACGUCGCCAGUGAUCUUGUACGCCUUUACGUUCAUACUUCUGACAGUCCUUCUAGUUGACCGACUUUUGGACCACUACGGGGCCAGGCUUGAGGCAAGAGCCCGUCGGAAGCAGGGAAGCGAGACGAACGCGAGGUCUCCGAAUCUCUCAGGCAUCCCACCAGCGAUGUGCGAAUACGAGCGUAGCUAA